CUUUAAGGCUCCAAAAGUCCUUUCUGAUAGGGAUCUUGUCUCUCUUGCUCUUCAUGAGCCCUGUGAAGACUAAUGAUUGUGUAGAUGCAGUCAGAGAUGCUACUAGCAACGGUGGAUCUACUGUAUUGCUGAUGAAAGCUGGCAAAGGAAUCAAUGAUCUAGGUGACUAUGACUCUUGAGGAAGGAUUCCUGGGUUCAAAUAUGGGUUACUUACCGUAGUUCAAGGAGGCUUCUUCAAAAUGCAUUUAGGCCUCUGACUUCCUCAGAAAUGAAGAGAAAACGAUUUCCAAGUUCUUGUUGAUGGAAUAAUCAAGGCCUCUGAUGGUUUCUUUGAUGAAGGAUCAGUCACCUUUCCUGCCGAAUUCUCUGUCAAUACUAGUGGAUGGAGGCUUGUUGGGAUCAUUUUCUUUUCACUUUUUGGCUUACUUCUAUUGUUCGGAUUAAUAGUGCAAUUGACUCCAUUAUUCAAAAAGCAAAACCUCGAAGAAAAUCAAAACAAAGACCCAGCUCAGGAAAAAUCUAUGCUAGGGAAAGUGUUUAUUUCCUUCUCUCCUGCUCGGAAUUUAAAAAAAUCAUUUACCUCAACUUAUAACCCUAAAGACAAUUUGAGGGUUUUGAACGGAGUGAGGUUCUUCAGUUUCUUAUAUGUUGUCCUUGGACAUACAUAUCAGGAAGUUUUGCUGCAUCCUAGUGUGAACAUCACAGAUAUCAACAGCUUCAUGCAACCUCUGUUGUUUCAAAUUGUUCCUGGCUCAUACUUUGCAGUAGAUGUGUUUUUCUUCAUCUCAGGAUUUCUUGGAGCUUACUUGAUGAUCCUAAAAUUUUCUAAAGGAAGUAUGAACAUUCCAAAGAUCUAUCUUCAUAGAUAUCUUAGGCUAGCUCCUAGUGUUUUCUUUGCAAUGAUGUUUGCAUUAACCUUUUACCAGUAUCUCGGAGAUGGGCCUUUGUGGCCAACCUACAGCACAUUCUGGACGUUGGAUUGUCCGAAGUAUUUCUGGGCUUUCCUGACUUUCAUCAACUCUAUAUACCCGUCUUACAAAACUCAGUGAAUGGGAUGGCUAUGGUAUCUAUCUCAUGACUUCAUUUUCUUCCUGUUCCUGCCUUUCCAGGUGUGGAUUUAUGUGAAGAAGAGAGCCAUAGGAUAUUCCUUGGCCUUCCUGAUCUUACUUGGGAACAUCAUAUCUGUCUUCAGCAUUGUGAUGAAGUACAAUAUUUCAGUUUCGAUGAAAAAUGACUCUAAUUACGUGGAGUAUCUCUAUUUUAAGCCCUGGUGCAGGAUUGGAACCUACCAAGUUGGGAUUAUCUUUGGAAUGCUCUAUUUUGAGUUUAUUACUGGAGAUAAGGAAGAAGGAGACAAGUCAAGAAUCGGCUUUAAAAUUUUUAAAUCAUAUAAUAUUAGUAGGCUAGUCAGAUAUGUCAGCUAUGUUCUUGGACUAGCAGUGAUUAUCGCACUGGUAUUUAUGAUAACUCCUGAGAACAGACUUUUUGGGAGGAAGGAUGAGAAUGGAAUACCUAUGAGACACUUCUCGAGAGUCUUUAGUGCUUUCUACACUUCAUUAUCGAGACCUUUAUAUGUUAUAGGUCUAGCACUUAUACUCUCAGGACCAUUAGUAGGAAAAGGAUCAGCACUACAGUUUAUUCUUGGAGGUGAAUUCUAUGCUACAUGGUGCAAAUUUACGUUCUUCGGGUAUAUAAUCCAUCUGUUCAUAUUUUCGUUCUAUUUCAACCAGUUGAAGCAGUCAAUUUAUCUCAGUCAUCUAUCAGUUCUGUGGAUAUACGUAACUGCGAUGGUAAUCACAUUAUUACUUGCUGUCCCAUUCUCUAUUGCAUUUGAAUCACCCUUCAUUCAGCUGGAGAGACUAGUCCUAUUCCCUGUCAAGAAGAAAAAUGAGCCAAAACCUAAGCUUCAGGCUAGCUCUUCAGGUUCUCUCACUUUAGAGAACAGUUUAGAAAAGAAAUCAGCUGAGCCCUUGAUCCCGUAUAAGAAGAUCUAAUUACCGGAGAAUCAUAAUUUAAUUGUACGUAAUUUUAC